GUUACCACGCCCAAGGGUCCCUGUCACAAUGUCACACAGUCGGCCUACAGCCCCCAGACUUCCUCGUUCGCGAGCGCAAAGACUACAGAAGUUUAAGGCUUCACAUAUUAGACUGUUUUAACACAAACUGUCACUACAUUACACACUUUGCAGACUAGAAUGUCGGCAUGUUCACUUGUCGGCGACGAAAGGCACUCCGCCCAGUCCGCAAUGGCCUGCGACUGAACCUGUUCGACAUCAUCCGCCAGCAGGCGCGGCAGGCGCAGCAGGCGGGCGGCGAGCAGGCGGUGCCGGAGUACGGCGAGGCGGAGGGGGCCGCCGCCGGCCGCACUGACAGGCAGGUGGCGGCUAUGCACCAGGCCGAGACCCAGACCCAGGCCACGACCCAGGAGCAGCAACAGCAGUACGUGCCGCGCCCGCCGAGCGGCAUGUCGGGAGGGCACGGCCCGUACCGCGCCCCCGACCCGGCCUCCCUGAGUGAUGAGGACCGACUCUUUCCCACCAACGCCAGUGCCACCGCCGCGACCACCACUGCGCCGCCAACCACCGCCACCAGCGCGUCCUUCAAGCUGCCAUCGAAUCAACCCCAGCAGCCGCAGCCGCAGCAGACACCGGAGCCCUCCUGGCGCUCCAUCGAUGAGUUGCGCAGCCACCACCACGACUUCGCCUGCGGCCCCGCGGCCGAUGUGCCCUGCGCGGUAGGCGGCGUGGUGGUUGUGGCGCUGGAUGACAGUGACGACGCGGCGGCGGCGGCGGCGUUUGCGGCGAAGCACCUGUACAAGCCCGGCACGGACGAGCUGCGCAUUGUGCACGUGGUGUGCGACCCCCGCGCCCUGCACUGGACCACGUCAGUGGGAGCCACGCCUUCAGGCCGCGACAUCUCCCUGGACUCCAUGGACCUCACCGAGCUGACGGACGUGGGCGUGCUGGGCGGCAGUGGCGUGCGGCUGGUGCCGCCCAGCGCCACGGCGGCGGAGGUGGCGGUGGCGGCGGGCGUGUCGGGCGGCACGGUCGAGGAGCCGGAGCUGAAGGACUACCUGUCCCGCCUGAAUGCGUCGGCGGCGGCGGUGGUGUCGCGCCGCUGCGCCGGCUUGGCGGCGGCGGGUGUGACGCACUACAGCACCGAGCUGCCGCGACUGACCGUGCCGCGCUCCGCGGCCGCCAUCGCGCAGGCGCUGAUGGAGUCGGUGAAGCGCGCCGACGCCAAACUUCUGGUGGUGGCCAACCACGGCCCCGGAGCUCUGGCUGAGUACGGCUCUGUGGCACGCUAUUGCUACCAGCACUCGCCCGUGCCGCUGCUGCUCUUCCCCAGCCUGAGCGCUCAGGCCGAGGCCGCGGCACUGGCUGCACGCCACUGCCCCGCCGCAACCGCAGCUGCUGCAGCCACCGAGACGGCUGGCGCCAUUGCCACGGAGGACGCCGCGGCGGCGCAGCCGCAGCCGUACGUUCCGGGUCUGAAUGCGCACAUGGACACGGCCGCCGGCGGCGCGGCGGCGGCUGACGCCGCCGCCGCCACCCCCGCCUCCAGUGAUGCGGAAUACGUGUGGGAACCGUCCGUACAGCAGCCGGCGCAGCUGCAGCCGCAGCCGGCGGAGGCGGAGGCGCGGGCGCGCAGCGUGGCUGCGGCGGCGGCUGGCGCCGCGGUGUCGGGCGCCGCGGCCGCCGCGGCCGCGGCAAUGCAGGCGCUGGUGGCGGCGUGGCGCCUGGGGACGGGCGUGGACCGCGGACGUGUGGAGGCGGAGGUGCUGGAUGCGGCGGUGGAGGAGGCGGUGGAGGAGGCUCUGGACGACGACGAGGUGGCGGCGGGGCUGCAGGAGCUUGUGGAGGCGGCGGUGCAGGGCGGAGACGUGGCCACCACACUGGAUGAGGCCGUCACGGAGGCGGUGCAGGAGGCGGUGGCGGGCGUGCUGGCCGCCCCCACGACCGUCCCAGCCCCAGCCCCAGCAGCCGCCGCCUCACAGCCGCAGCAGCAGAUGGGCGACGACCGCCGCCACCUGGACUACACGGCCAGCGCCGCGGCUGCUACUGCUGCUGCGGCUGCUGCCGCGGCUGCUACAGCGGAGGCCGCCGGGCCGGACGUGCUGCUUGUGGUCAACCACCUGGAGGAGCUGGCGGACGUGUGGCAGUGGGUUGCGGACAACGUGACCAAGAAGGGCGACACGCUGGCCAUCUGGCACGUGGCCGGCCCCAGCUCCAGCGGCAUGCCCUCGCUGCCCGUGGCGCUGUCCAACCAGAUGCGGCGCCGCGGGCUGCGCGACGUGAGCUAUAAGCAGCUGUACAGCGACUCCGGAGACCCGGAGGACCUGGGCGAGCAGGUGUGCACGGCCGCCGCGAUGAGCCCCGCCACUCGCCUGGUGGUGAUGCUCAACUACAGCCGCCGCGGCCUGAUUGCCGAGGCACUGCGCGGCUCGCUGGCCUCGCACCUCAGCCGCCACUGCGCCAAGCCGCUGCUGCUACUGCAGCUGCCGGAGUAAAGCGGUUCGGCGAGAGCUUCAGCCAACAGCCAUGAGUCAGGCGUGCGCCAGCCGGGCAGGAGCACAGCAGCAGAUGGCACGCGUGGCAGGAGAUGCUUGCGGCAGGAGAGAACCCAGUACCGGCGCGAGGCGGUGCACGUGCGACGAAGCCCAUGGGUAAGGGCACGGCACAUACAUAGUUGCACAUAGCUCCGUGCAUACACGUCUGGGGACGACCACUGGGCAGGUUGGGUUUGAGGCAGACUCGCGGGCUGAUUGUGGCGGGCCCGGUUGCGCUGAUUGUGACAGGUUGUGAAGGGGUAGAGGACCUGAGGUCAAGUGCUAUAACGCGUAAGUCCGUCGUCGUGGCGUCAGUCCGACGAGGGCGCGUGGAAGGAGAGCAAACCUAGCGGGUCGUAGCGCGCCAAGUUCAUCGCUUCAGCCAGGGCUCCGCGGUCGGAAGGUGUCUGUCUAGCAAGGUCCGCACCGCAAUGCACAGACGGGGUUGAGGCCGCUGUCACUUAGUGAUCAAGGUCGAGUGGCGGUCUGCUAAGGCAUUUGAGGUAUGGUCCACCGCUAGGCUUGUCUAUGCAAUCCGGCAGUUGUGCUUGGGAGUUGGGAAGCUACUUGAAACAACGUACUGAUUUGGAGCUGCUGCAGUGUAAACAUACAUGCGC